AUGGGGAAGCCCAAGGCUAAGCCGGCUACCAAGGGGGAUGGCAAAGGGGACAAACCGGCUACUCGGAGAGUAUCCAGCAUAGCCUCCCGUCCAUCCAGCCCACACGAGCAGCAACGUGAGGAGCUGGUGGGACGGGUGGGAAUAACAGCACCUGGGGAGGCGGCGGGGGAACAGGAGUCGGUGGAGGGCGAGGCGGCUGCGGCCGUGGCGGCAGGGGGAAGUGGCGCAAUGGGGACUGAGUCAGAGGCGGCUGUGACGGUUGAGGCUGCGGCUGCUGCGGGGCUGGAGGGGGUUGCUGCUGAGGCGACUGAGAUGGUGGCUGCUGCUGAGCUUGGCGGGCCUGACGCUGCCUCUGGCAGCGGCUCAGCCUCACCCUCUGCCAUCCCCCAGGCGUGGCAACCAGAGGAGCCGGGACCACCAGUGGCUCAGGAACGGACCGAGGCGGUGGAGCUGGCGGCCUCACCGGAGCCUGUAACGGCGUCUGUGCUGGCUGCGGCGGUGACAGCGGCGACAGGGGAACAGGGCGGAGCCCGGACCGAGGAGGGUGCGCCGGUCGCCGCUGUGAACGCCGAAACUUCUGCUGCUGCCGAGGGCGCAAGCACGCAGGGACACGACCUGGGGGGGAGCGGUAGACAGGGUCGCGGAGCUGGCGGGACUGCCGGCGCCGCCCGCGGGAAGACGAAGCUUCGAGCCUAG